CUGCCCUCAGAGGAGGGAGGACAUAUGUGGGAGUUGAAUGUUGACUCAUACUUUGCUCAGACUGAGAUGAAACUGCCAGACUUUGAACGAGGUAGUCUUAGCCUCUUGGUCAUCCGAGAUGACCAUGCAAAAUAGGAGCAGAUGGACCAGGAUCAGGGGAAGUUUUGUAUUUUCGACUGUGACGGUACAUCCAUUUUAGCGGACAAGUCUUAAGUAUACACAUCUUGAUUGAAGAACUGCUCACCUCUGGAUCUUGGCUCUAAUCGCAACGACAGCGCCCAUCAAACCUGAUAAGCUAAGGGACAAAAUCUAUACCUGGGAAAUCACAGCUCACCACCUGAACCAUGGAUGAGGAAAUUGAGAUAACCGAUGAGAAGGACUGGAGAGAACUUGAACCAAACUACCCCGUCAAAAUCUUCAUGACGAUCUUUUACAGUCUCAUCCUAGUGACAGGUAUUGUGGGUAAUUCAGUCACUAUCAGAGUGACACAGGUGCUGAAGCGAAAUGGUUACCUACAGAAGAAUGUGACCAACCACAUGGUUAGUCUGGCCUGCUCUGAUUUGUUGGUGCUCCUCAUAGGCAUGCCUGUGGAGCUCUACUUUGCCAUCUGGUUCCCAUUCAGCUCCGCAUCGGGCAACGCGUCCUGUAAGAUCUACAACUUCUUGUUCGAGGCAUGCAGCUAUGCCACCAUUCUAAACGUAGCCACGCUUAGCUUUGAACGCUAUGUGGCUAUCUGUCACCCAUUUCGCUUCAAAGCCCUGGGCGGGAAACGUACCUCUGCCUUAAUCACCUUUGCUUGGCUGGUGUCCGUGCUCGUGGCCCUCCCAUUGCUGGUUGCCACAGGAACUCAGGGCCACAUUCCUGUCCGAGAAGAUACGCCCGUCCAAAAUCUGACGUUCUGCACCAAUCUUAGGGAGCGCUGGGUGAUGUACAGAGUUAGUAUUUUUGGGGCGUUCAUCGUCUACAUGGUCGUGUUGAUCUGCGUGGCCUUCAUGUGCCGAGCCAUGAUCAUUGUCCUCCAGAAACCUAUGGGUUCAAUAGACGGAGAGCCCAAUGGAAUACAAAGACCAUCCAAGCAUGAAAGUUCAAAGGUCAAGAUGGCGAGGAAGCAAACCAUCCUUUUUCUUGGGCUCAUCGUUGGUUCUUUGACCGUCUGCUGGCUUCCCAACCAGAUUCGUCGUCUCAUGAUGGCCGCCGUGCCCAAGUCCCACUGGACUACUGCCUUCUUCAGGAGCUACAUCACACUUCACCCCGUGGCUGACUCCUUCUUCUACCUCAGCUCUGUGCUGAACCCAUUCCUUUACAAUCUGUCCUCCAGGCAGUUCAGGGAGGUCUUUCUUCAGGUGCUGCGGUGCCGCCUCACUAUCGAGCACGUGAACAAGCGCACCUUGAAGAACACCCAUGCUGCUUCUGCGCGCUCACAGCGGCCCCUGUUGAAGUCCUUGCGUCGAAGCAGAGCAAACCACACCAUGCGGGAACAAGAAAAGAACCCUCCCACUUUCACAAGCUUUCAGAAGGAUAGUGGCGUAGGAGAUACUCAGACAUCAGAUACUGGUACGACCGCCACUCUGACUGAACAGUCAGCUUCAGUUCUCCAAAUAAAUACAGAUGAACCAUCGGAGACGGAAAUAUAAUGUGCUGUAGCCUACGAUUUAUUGUAACACAAUGAACACUAAAAACAAACAUGGCGGAAACUUCAAUCUUGGUCACCAGGACACUUGUGCUGUGCCAUUAGAAAGAAAUGAAUACGUGUUUAAUCAUGAAUUUCAAUGACAGAUCGAAGUCAGCUGACUAUGCGGCAGUAAAAAAAACUUGCAUUUAACAUAAAACGGUACAUUUGGUAUGAAUUUGGUUAAAGUUAAAUGUUUGUGAUGUGUGGGUGCUUGUAAUCUUUGCAUUCAUAUUCAAAUUGAAAUCUGAUGUUGAGUUCAAAUUCCACUGAUGUUCAAAAUCUCAUGUAACAACAUAAACACUCGUGAAAACACACUCACAAGCCUGGUGGUAUACAUGUUGUUUUCCUGUUGAUUGCAGAGGGUGGAACUGCAAUUGUGUGGUGAUGCAGGACUGGCCCCAAAAACACAGUUUACUUUACCCAUUCACGAACAUCCCAACAUUACUCAUUAUAUUAUCAGAAUUAGAACCUUACGGUCCAAUCAAAUUAGUAUUUAUGUGUUUAAAUGCACGUAGUUAAUUCUUUCCUUAGAAAGUAUAUACCAAAAUAGCUUCCUGAAGAAUAAAUUAAGGUACAUAAGGUUGAUAUGUAGGUUUGAAAUAGUAAAUAAAGUAAUCGUAGAAUCCUGCAUGUUGUUGUCUAUGUUAUAGACACAACUAACAUUACCACAAGUCCUUCGAAUUAAUUGAAGUAAAUGUGUUUUCAGGCCAUGCCACUUCUGGGGUCAUGGCAGAUACAGAUGUUGCCAUUCUUCCACACAAUAAGCAUUAUAUUAUUCACUUGUGAUCAUCUUGGAACCACAUGGUAUUCAGGUCUUUUAAAGCGUCUGCACCAUUCAAACUAAAUGAUGUUCCUCAGCUUGAUGUUGUUCCACGCUCUGACAGUUGAUGGUGAUUUAGAACACAAAACACAGAAAUGCAUCAAAAAAAGAUUGGGCCUGGAAACAAGCAAUUCUGAUUGGUUGUAGGUCUAUCCUAUGACAUCCAGAGGUUUGAUCUGAAACCAUUGUUAAUAUCUCUUGGAAUUAGAAAAUUAAAUGAGUCAUUACUGAAUCAGAUAAGGUCUAGUGAUGUGACCGGGGUAGGGGUUAAAGAGGACAGUUACACUUCCAACACAAUUGUACACUUACUCUACAUGCUGCCUUUAACUUUAAGGUCAGUUCAAGAGAAAGAAAAGUCAUGUUUAAAAUCAUCAAACCAGCCAACAACAUAAUUUUCAUAUUUCAUAUUUCAAAACCAACAGAAUGUUACAAUUUUAUGAGCUCUAUGUGUACAAUAUUUUUCAGGUGAAGCACAUCACGUUACCUUCUAUGAUAGAAAAUAACUAAGUAAGUUAUCUCAGUGGCCUUAAGUCUCGAAAUUGACUCCAGGAGCUGGUGUAGUCCAUUAUCUUUGACAGUCACUGACCGCCAUUCCAGAUGUCCCUUGACAAAUUCAUUACUGUUGUGCCACCUCUAAGCAAACUUGUAAUUUCAGAAAUGAGAAGUGAUGCCAUAACAUGUUGUUAGUUUGAAAAAGAUUUCAGUAUUUCAGCAUGCCCGUGCAGCUCUAUGUACAGCUCUAUGUGUGAGCAGAAUACUAUAGUGGUUUUAGAACUAGCAGAGAGAAGUUUCAAAAUGCAACAGAACCUUGUAAUGGCUUUCACUGAUGUUACUGACUGUUACAGUAUGAAUUUGUCAUGAAAAUAUGCUGGCUCUGUGAGUGCUAUAUAUUCACAGGCAUAUACAUCUUUAUCUAUCAAAUACAUUAUGUCAUGACUGCGAAUCCUGCAAAUCAUGUAUUAAUAGCAUGGCUGCACAUAGCAUACUCAGUUCAUUCAUAUGCUGCAAACUUGGUGAUUUUUAAUGGUUUUCAUAUAGAUAAAUCAUGGAGUUAUUUAAUCUGGAGAUCGAGUGGAGAAUGAGUGAUGAAGCUUAACUUACUUAUCUUUCCUGCAAUAGAUCUUAUUUGACCUUGCAGUGUAAAAAAGACAAAUGUGCAUAAGCCACCUGCUGUCUGAUAAAUAGCUCCAGGCCCUGGGAUCCACAGCACUGUGCUUUUCCUCCUCACCUUACCCAACUGCACUUGUAAGCUGUGAGCGUGAGGAUAGAAACUUCCAGUGCUGUGUGAUAAUGGAACUCUGAAGGCAAGCUGCGACAAAAAGCCUGGGAAGAAAGAACACAAAUACUGUAAAAAGCUUCAACAUGCCUCAUAGAAUAUACAUUUCAAAGUGUACAUCUCAGCCUAAACAGUUCUGGUUCAUUUCUUCUGUAUUGUCAGCACCGGAACUUUGUUUGUUGAUGGCCCAUGUGAAGGUCUGUCAGCAGAGGGUGAGGGGGAGUAGGAGGAUGUAGACAGAAAAUACAGGGAGCAGUGGCGUUGUCAGAGUGAUGGCAGCGGACUGUUGGGGUCGCCUCUUCUGGCGUGGUCCAUUACACAGCGGUGUGUUACAGCAGGUGAUGCACACCGAGUUGAGCUUGCUGGUACAAAACUGCUGGUAGCCAGAGGAAGCAAUCAGACAAGCUCCAGAUGAGGCGCAGGACUUGCGGUAGUGAAUCCCUGAAAUGGACAGAAAUAGAGAGAGAGAGAGAGAGAGAGAGAGAGAGAGAGAGAGAGAGAGAGAGAGAGAGAGAGAGAGAGAGAGAGAGAGAGAGAGAGAGAGAGAGAGAGAGAGAGAGAGAGAGAGAGAGAGAGAGAGAGGAUAAUUGGGAUUUAUUCUUUCAUUACUGGAAUUUCAGUUUAAAGAAAAAAUAAAACAUGUUUCAAGAGAAGUUGAAAAAGAAACCUAGAUCAUAAAUAACAUUUCUUUAUUGGGCUGAUGCUCCCAAGUUAAGUCAUUAUUUUGAGCAGUUUUCUGUGUCUCUUAAACAGUUGAUAUUAUACACAGUACUUGUCAGUGCAGUGUUAACAGUCCAUGUAUAAUCAUUCCAUGUAUGAGGGUAUAUAAAGCCCUAUAAGCUUGGAGCUAACAUUGCUAACAAGCAGCAAGGUGGAAUACUGCUAAAGUAGGGAGUGGAAAUGAGAAGGGCCACACUGACAGUGGACCAACAGAAACAUACCGGUUAUUAGGUGAUUAUUCUAAUCAGCCACUCAAGCUAAGAUCGGGCAGGUAAUGCCCAGGAGUAGUCCACUAAACAGAGGACUGGCGGUUGAUCCCUAUUCUGCAUGCAAAAGAGUCCUUUGGCAAGAUAUUGAACCCCUAAUUGCCCAUGAUGGCUGUGCCGUCAGUGUGUGAGAAAUAGAGAAAGUGCUGCACGUGUAGAUUUAUUUUAUGAAUGUGUGUGUAAAUGGUUGGUAAAACUGUUCUGUGGAGAGCUUUGAGUGGUCAUCAUAUGUCGAGGAGGAGGCAUGUCCCUCCACAGUUGCCAAAGCUUGCUCAUUGUUGGAACUGUUGGGUUUCACUUUCAUAUUGUAUUCUCUCUAAUGUAUUAUGUAAAACGCCUCAAGGUCAUGUCUGGUGUGAUUUGGUGCUAUACAAAUAAAAUGUAACUGAAAAGUUGAAUUGAAAUCUACCAGCAGCAGCACUUGACCAGAAGAUAAAGAAUGAUCCACUCUGCAGCAGAUCAGCUACCGUGGAUGAUGUCAUUUUCUUUGAUGCCCUCAAUCAUUCAGCCUUAAAGCCUUAAUCUCUCACUUUACAUUUUACUGGGCACACAACGUACACGCAGCCUUUAAGGUGCAGUGAUGAGCAUAAACAUUACAAUGUCUCUACUUGUAUUUACCUAUAUACCAUGUUAUUAUAUUAUAUAUACACCUUUCAACAUGUUCAGCCCUUUUUGCUUUGUUCUGGUUAAUACAAAUUAAACUUAAUGAUAUUAAAAGCUUCAGUCUGAUUUUCUUGGCACUACAGUUCUCUUUUCUAACUACUCACGAAUUAUACUCCACAUCGUUCCUUGACCAUAUUAGUUUUUCCAUCAGAGUCAAGGAAUCAAGGUUAGGAAAUUAGAUUAUUUUGACUUUUCAACUGCAGCCUUUAACUUGUCAAAACAGGAAAAAGCCUGCACUCUAUUAAGAUGCCAAAAAUGUCAAACACAAAAACAUCUAAUCCCAAACAAGUCGAAUGGAGACAUUUGCAGUGAAUUUGAGUCACAAUUUACCAACAUAUGAAGAUUUGCCUACCAAGCUUUGUUUUGCCAACACAAGCAAUCAAAGAAAAGCACAUAUUUUUAGGUGAAGGUUAUUUAUUUUUAAAUUCUUUGUUGUAUAAAGAUAUGGUGACUAAUAUGAUUAAUAUACUGUAUAUAUUAUCUCAUGGUUGUUGACUUGACACAGAGAGUAUCACCAUGCACUAGACCAUAUAAUGAAAGCACCUGUUGGUCAUUUUAAAUAAAAAGUAAAAUAAGGCAUCUGA